AUGGAAGCGGGACCGAGCAGCGGCAAGCGGCAUCGCCACAAGGUAGCCGAGGAUGAGCUGGAGGAGACGUUUCUGCACGGAUCGGGGCCUGGCGGGCAGAAGAUCAACAAGACGCAAUCACGGGUCCGGCUUGUUCAUGCUCCUACAGGCCUCACCGUGGUGGUGCAGGACACCCGAUCCCGCGAGGCAAACAGAACCAUUGCGAGGAAGCGUCUCGCCGACAAGGUCGAAGCCCAGCUCAAGGGCAACGCGUCGCGGCUCGGGCGAAAGGCCCAGCGGAAGAGGCGGCGAAAGGCCAAGGCUGCUGCUCGUGCACGACGCAAGUACGCCGAUGCUGGCGAUGCUGAGGCCGAGCCCGGUCCCGAGCCGCGGACAGACCUGGUCCCACGUCAGGCCGAGUAG